AUGGCGAUGGAUCCUGCUAGUGUCCUCACAGUUAACACAGUUAACGUGACCUCCGAAAGAAACGAAGGCACAGGCGCUGCUCCAUUUCGUCUCUGUUAUCACACUGUUUCCCUGGUGGCUCUCAGGACAUUCCUAGCCAUCUUCAGCCACCUUAUUAGUAAUAAUGAGCAACACAUUCCUGGACAAUAUGAUGAAGAUGUAGUUCUCUCUUGCCCAUUUAAGAGUGGGUCUCAAGUUGUAAUUUACUUGAAAAAUCAAUAAAACCAUGUUCACAGUAACUAUCAUGGCAUAGAUCACUUGGAGACACAGUAUCUAAGAUAUGCAAACAGGACCUCCCUCUUUCAUAGUGAAGUUCACGAUGAGAAUGUCUCUCUUAUUGUCAAAAGAUUCAGCGUUCUGGAUGAAAGAAUUUAUAUCUGCUAUGUGGGAAAAGAAAAUGUCAGAAUCAAAGUUAUGCUAAAAGUGGGAGCUUUCCACAGACCUGUAAUGAAAUAUGUAAAGAGGAAUAUAGAGAUCUUUCUGGUAUGCAGUAUCCUGGGUGUUUAUCCUCAUUCACAUAUUACCUAGAAAAUGGACAAUACAGGUGUGUCUGAAAACAGUUCAGAAGAAACUGGGGCUCCUGGUCCAUUUCAUAUUAAAAGUAAUCUUACAGGAUCAAAUUCAUCUUUUGAGUAUGCUAUUGAACAUUCUCUUCUAAAGCAAAUAUGGAGAAGAGAGUGGGAAUUUGCAGGUACUCACUGGAGAAAUCAAACUGAAUCCAUUUCACUCUGGUGUAGAGUCAGGAGCAAUUUUUCUUGACCAAAUCAAGAUUUCCAUGUUCCUGGGUCUGAGUUAGAAGAAGGCUCUCCCCACAAAGUUGCUGGAUUUGGGGUGAAGUCUUAUCUUCCAAAUUACUCCUAUGAUAACCCAUUAAGUCCUGCUUUCAGUGUUUAA